UGUGAAACAGACGAAGGAAAUUGUUUACUGAGAAAGUCCUUCUGCAAUAUUUGUGUUAUUUUGUUAGUACGAGGUAGCUCAAAAUAUUGAUGAAAAUCUUUGCAUUUCAAUAUAAUAGCCCUCACAGGAAAAUAUGACUACAUUUAAAGAACCUUGAAAUGAGAUGAAAAAAAGUGAGAAAAUGUUUUCCUGAAUCUGCGAGGUAACUCCCUACAGUCAAUAUAGGAAAUGAACACAUUGUGGAGGUGGACAUGAAUCAGCCCAUGUCCUUCAGUGUCCAGCGUGAGGUCCAGUUCAGGUUUCUCUGUCCAAAUGACAUUGAAGAAGUCAAAAGGCUGUGUACAGAAUGGUUUCCUAUUGAAUACCCUGACACUUGGUACCAGGAGAUAACUUCUAAUCCCAAGUUCUACUCCCUGGCAGCCACCUUCCAUUCCAGAAUCAUAGGGAUUAUUGUGGUCGAGGUCAAACAACUCGCCAACACCAAUAAAGAGGAUGCAGACAUCCUGGCCUCCUAUUAUCCCCCAACAUGUCAGGUGGCCUACAUUCUCAGCCUGGGUGUGGUGGUGGACUACAGAAAACAUGGAAUAGCUUCCUUGUUGUUGGAUAGCUUAAUCUCUUACCUCACUGCCAAGGAUCGGUACAACUGUAAGGCCAUAUACCUCCACGUUCUGGCCAGCAAUUGUAUCGCCAUAAAGUUUUACGAGAAGCGACGGUUUAAUGUCCACAGCUUCCUCCCUUACUACUACUCAAUACAAGGAAAACCUAGAGAUGGGUAUCUCUAUGUGUUAUACAUCAACGGUGGAAAACCUCCCUGGUCCACUAUUGAUUAUUUUAUGAAUAUGGGAGAAUUAUUGAUGAAGUUACAGCCAUGUGCCCUACCACGACAGAUCAUACGAAGCGUACGUGGAUGGUUCUGUCGACUCUUGGCCGGGGCCACCUCCGACUAGUCACCAUUCCAUUCCCUACCAGGGAGCAUCUCAAAAAGUAUAAUCCUAUCAGGGAAAAUUUCAAAAGUAUUCUUCAGAUAAAUAGUUCCAUGGUCUUUCUUUCCAUUUUCCAGUAAUAUUUAGAACCUUGUGGACUUUUCUGAUCACUCAAGUAAAGAAGUCGUGAUGCCUGCAGUCAAUUUUAAUGAUUUUUUUUUUAUUAUCAGAAAUUUCUAGUUGAUGUUACUGAAAAUACAUGUAGUAACAAAUAAUAAAAGGCCAAAUCACUUUAUCCUCAACCAAGAAAUAAAAAAAAAAAUGCUCUAGCUUAUUGACUCAAUUUUUUUGAAAGCAAUCUUUUACUGAGGAAAGUUGAAAUUUAUAUUUUAUUGCUUACCAUGAUUUAGUUGAUGAGGACAUAUAUUUUUGUGCCAAUUCCAAUGGAUUCCAUGUGUUUCUUACUUUUUGUUUUAUUUAUUUAAUCAUAUUUAUUUAAUAUAUGUUUACAUGUACAACAAUGAAACGAAAAAUAUUCAAGAUGCAGACUAUUUGCAGUAAGACUUAAUGAUCAACUUCCAUAUUUAAGAUGUUUUUUUCUUAUUUUUAAAGGUAAGGAUAAAUUCCUCCAUUGCAGGGUAUAAAGGAAAAAUUCAUUAUAGGUCUUUUCUGCUAAGGGUACUGUACUUAUUUGUGUUCAAGAUUUCAUCUCAUUUACAAGCAUCUGUAAGGUUUAAAUAUUCAUGAUUUGGCCAGAUACAAAGUAUAAAUAAUACACCAAUAAACAUAUGCAGUUAAAUAAAUCUGUCAUUUAAAUUUACUUCCAAAAGUAAAUUGAUAUUCAUUACACAUAUGUUUACUUUCUUAUAUUCUUUUAUCAUUAUUUAGACUAACCUUAAAACUUGUAAAUUUCUGCAUCAUCCAUUAUUGUUAAGAGUAGAAUUUAUUUUAAUCUUUGUUAGCAUUCAGAAAAAGUGACCAGUUAAGGUUGUAAAGGUACUGUAAACCAACUUUUAUUCGCGUGCGAGAAAUUUUCGCGAUGUUUGCGAGAGCCCCAUAAUCGCGAAUAUUUCUCGCCGUGAAGCGGUCCUUACAGUCCAUUUGCUUAUUAACAACAGAUCCAAAAUAGGCUUGAUCGCGAAAAUUAAUCGUCGCGAACUAGUUUAUUCCCGGUAAAUCGCGAAAUAAAGUUGUCGCGAAUAAAAGUUGGUUUACAGUAACUCUUUCAAAUCUUACACAUUUUAUGUGGUUAAGUAUAAUUGGGAAGGUUUUUGAGGAAACAAAUCAAAUUGUUUUUAUAUGGUUUCAUGCAAAAUUAUUUCUGAUAAAAAGCAUGGUGACAAAUAAGAAAUUCUUUAUUGCAUAAUUAUACAUGUACAUGUAGUAUACAUGUGGAUGUGUCUGUGUGGAAACAUUUAUUGAAAAGAACUCUGAUCUCAUUUUUUUUCUUGCUGUUCUUAUAACUCCCUUUAGAAUUUGGGAACUUUUUCAAAACUAAUAAACCAUUAAUUUUUUGCCUUUUUAAGAUAUACAAAUUAUCAAAUAGAGUUGACUUUUUAAAAUAUUAACCCAUGUAACUAACCUUUGUUGAUGGGUUGCAGUGAUAUUGUAUUCGGAUGUUUUACUAUGUUUUUUGCUUAAAUGAGAAUAUACAUUGUAAAAUGUUACUCUGGGCAUAAUGUUGAUUUCUACAUACAUUUAUGUAAAAGUGACUGAGUCUGAGUGGCCAUUUCAGCUUACUGUUUCAUAAUAACUUGUAUUGAUUGUCCAUGUAGAUGUUUACAAUUACAAUUUAAAAAAACAAACAGCAAAUACACUGUACUUGUAUUUUAAAAUGCUAUCUUAAUAUAUAUUUUCAUGCCAUUGGUCAAUUCCAGUACUUCAAAUGAAGACAAGAAGUUUAACUGUGCAUUUUCUUUUGGCACAAAUCAUUUCCUGAACAUCCCACAUUUAUGAAAUUGUCAUCAGUUGUUCAUAUUCCCCAUGCUAUCUCUUCUCCUAACAAAAUUCACUCUAUUCUCUGUGAUAUGUUCUCUGAAUCUGAAAUCCAACAUUAUGUACAUAUAAUCUUUUUCAUGUCUAGAUUUGUCUUGUCGUGACUCAAAACAUCAAGAUAUCAUAAAAGGAGACACCAUUAUGCAUUUUAGUGCUGACACCGGAACAAAUACAUUUUUUCUGUGAUAGUUAAUAUGUAACUUAAUUCCUAUAUUCUGAGACAUUAUUGUAUUUUUCUAGAUAAAUAUUCAAUCACUGUCCCAGUUUCGAAGAGAGAUUGUAGUAAAUCGUUUUUAUAGGGAUAGCAAAACAAUAAUUGUAAAGUAAUUGGCAUAAAACAACAAAAUGUCAGAGUUAAACUAGAAAUUGUUUGUCAAUGUACCAUAGAUGCAUGACCAAAAGGUUCCAGUAUGUGUCCAUAUGUACCACCAAAUGAAAUAGAUAGAACUGUAAAAGCACAUUUUCAUUUUUGUGUUUGAAAAUAUGCUUUAAUUUGGAGUCACUUGUUACAGGUAAUGAUGUAUGUUAUAAAAUCUGUGCUGUUUUAAUUGUUUGUUGAUUAAUAUGUUUAAAUACAAAUGUACAUGUAGUUAUUGUCCAUUUGUGUUAUUUGUUCAUUAAAAAUACAAAUGAAAUAAAUAUUUCAAAAAUUA